AUGUUUUCCUUCGACUUCACCGCCGAGAUACCAUCCGAAAAGCCUGGUCUGGUCGGGGGUGCGAUCAAGGCUAUCCAGUCUGCUGUUCGUCGAAAUGUCGACAAGCCAUAUAUUCUCAUCGAGUAUGUCAGCCCUGAUAUUGUUGAAAGACUGGUCGAUUCGCCUCGCCUACGUGGCCUGAAGGCAUCGAAACUGUUUUACGAUGCAGAUCUGCGGAAACUGAUCAUAAAACUCCCCUCUAAUAUACACGAAGCUGGCGUGGUCGUCUUUGAACGCAUUAUCUAUGACUAA